AUGGUCUGGAACGCCUGUUCUACUGCAAACAGUGUGCGGGUGGACGUGAGCUUUGACUCGACUCGCUUUAGACCGUGCACCAUCCGAGCCCUCCUCGACAACCUCAUUGACGUGCUUACGGCUAUCGUCACCACCCCCGACCACACAGUCGACAACAUUUCGUUCUCUCAUGCUCUUGACCAACUCGUCGCGGCAAACAUUCCUGUGGACCCGGCGCCAGUCCCCCCACAGCCACGCCCCACGCUCACCCAGGCCUUCUCAGACGUGGUAGCCGCUCAUCAUGACCUCCCGGCACUCAUUGAUGGAAAUCUCACUCUCACAUACCGCGAAGUCGACAUCCUGACCUCUGACCUCUCCCGGCGGAUCUUAGAGGCCACGAAGCAACAAGAAAUGCAUGCUUUCGUAUCUUUGUGUAUCCCUCCUGGA